AUGGCAAGCUGGGCCAAUCUGCCGCCUGGCACAGAGGUCCUGCUCCUCGGUCGGUUCCCACAGCUGGAGAACUCCCAGUUCUUCAACACGGCCUCCAGCUUCGAGGUCGAGGGUAUCGAAGGCCCAGAACCUCGCAUCAUCGUGGAUGGCACCUUCUGCUUCCAUGGGCGGCACCAAAGGCCUAUGUCCACGAACCUCUUCUUCACAGAGGAAGGCAAGGGCGAGGCCCAUCUCCAAGGUGCAUCCGAGCACGUUGUACGCUUUGAGCUGGACCGAUCGGGCACGCACAUCCAGAAGAAGGCUCGAACAGACGGUGCUGUGGCCAAAGAGCCAACAGAAGCAGCGGCUUCCGCGUCAGCCGGGAACGCGGCCGAGGAGCAAAGGAUGCAUCCAAAGAAGUCCGCAGAAGCGCCGGCAGAGGAGCCGGUAGCGACGGAAUUGCCGCAGCGUCGGCCGCGACUGCGAAGAAUGCAGCCAACACCUGAGCCCGAAGAGCAGCCAAAGACGCUGCCAAGCCCGAGCGCGAAAGGGAGCACAGACCCAGUGAAUGCGGCAACCGAUCAGCCGAAGGAAGGGGGGCUUAAACUAUGA